AUGUCCGAGCAGCCAGCGAAGCGGCUGCGCCGGAAAACGCCUGACGCUGGCGCUAAGGGCAACAAGGAGACGGAGAAAACUGUGCAGAAGGAGAAAACGGAGACGAAGCAGAACACUGAGGCUAAGGAGAAAACGGAGAAGAAGAAGGAGAAAGUGGAGCAGAAGCGCCAACCCCCAACGGAGAAGAAGGAGACAACAGAGAAGAAGGAGAAGAAGGACAAGAAGGAGAAGAAGGACAAGAAGGAGAAGAAACAGACAACGGAGCAGAAGGACAACUUAGGCAAAAGCAAGCAGAAGACGAAGGACAGCGACAAAGACACGGACAACGAGAAGAGCAACAGCAAGACACAGGAAAAGGCCAAGGAGAAGAGAAAGGAGCUCAAGGGCCAGACGGACAAGGUUGAGGCAACUGCAGGGUCCAAGGAUAAGCGCACGGGCAAGACGCGCAAGGAGGCAGAGAACAAAGAGGUGGAGAGCAAGAAAAACAAGGAGGGGGGCGAGGGCAAGGUCAAGAUCACGGCAGGCAGCAGCGCGCAGGAAAAGACUUUGCCUAAGACCGGGCAGCCUGAUGAGACUGCGAUCAAGCGACUCCAGCUUAAGAGGAAGGCGCAAGCGUGCAGCACCGCGACAGCAGCUGCGGGGUCAAGCGAAAGCUCCGACGAGGACUCCAUCGGUGCAGAGUUGGCUCAGCAGGUGCAGAAAGUUCAGGGCAGCAAGAGCAACGACAACCCUGACGUCACUGCUCAGCAGAAGGAGGGGGAGUCAGAGGAGCAAGGGGAGGGCGGGAGCGAUGGUGACAGCGAUGAUGAGACCUUUGACCUCGACGGCGAGCCCUACAUGGAAGAGGCAGAAGAAGAGGAUGAGGGAGACCCUGACGAGUCCGUGGAGAGCGACGACGAGGCGAGUGAGGUGGACAAGCCGGCGGCCAAGGUGGCGGAAGUCAAGGAGAAGGAAGGCAGCUCAGCCAGCGCGACCAACAGCCUAGCGGUCGUGGCCGCAGACACUGAGAAAUCGACAAGUUUGGUGAGGAACAGUGUCAACAGCAAGCGGGAGUAUGACGCUUUCAGCCGCGCUCUCUUGAGCAAGAAGUUCCCUGGCAGCCUCAGCUCUUAUGCGAACACGCAGAAGACGGAGCUCUUCAAUGCUUGGCUGGAUUCUGGGCGUUCUUGGGCGCAGGUGGAGCUGCGCAUGGAGCGGUCGAGGGAGAAGUCGAGCAGCUCGCUUUCAGGUUGGCAUGCCGUUCAGGGCAAAACUCUGCGCCAGCAGCUCACUCAGGAAAAGUGGACGGCGCUGGUAGCGCGCAGGAAGCAGGCUGGGCUGUACUACGAGGACGCGGAUUUUCCGGGUGACGACGAGGAGACUUGGUUCUACAUGAGGAAGGGGCGGGAGGUGAACCAAGAGAACCGGGUAUCUGAGAAGGCCACGCUGGAGGGAAGGGCUGACUUGAACGAGGAGAUGUUGCAGACCUUGACAGACGAGGGCGAGGGCCUGAUGAGGGGCGGCCAGCUUCCUGAGGUUGUUGCUGCUGGCGGUCAGAAGCAGCUGCUGGACGCUUUGUGCGACGAGAAAGUGGGCGCGCCGAAGAAGAAACCGAAGCCAAAGCAGGUUGACGAUGAGGCGGAACUUGUCAAGCCAAAGACCGUACCUCAGCUGGCAGAGGACAAAAUGGCGGAGCUCUUGGCAGAGUCCACAUCAGCCCGCAGGAAGAGCAUGACAUUGGGCAGCGUGGAGUAUGCUGGAGAGUUGUCCACACAGUUGCUGGAGCACGCUGAAUCGCUGGAGAAGGUCUACAAGCAGCUCCAGACCGCAACUGCGGCUGGCGUGAAGGACGAGCAGUUCUACGAGAAGGUCUUCAAAGUUGUUGAUCGCAAGACGCAGUGGUAUGCGACAGCUGAGGCAGCAGCUGACUCCAUCCUGGCAGGGCUCAAGAAGGCAGGCAAGAAGAACAAGGACAAACAGGGCAAGCCGAAGGGCAAGAGUGGGAAGAAGAAGGAAGGUCGGAGCAGCCUCUUCACGAGGACGGUGACGCACCUGUCAGAAGUGGCGCUGUUCUGGGAACACGUGAAAACUUUGCCUCCGUGGAAGGGGCACCCAGCCCUCCAGGAAGGGGCAGGCGUGGACUUUUCAAAACUGGCCCCGGUUGUGUUUCACUAUGACGGGGCGCAAAUGUUCCGCGACGAUGAGUACUUUGUCUACUCAAUGAGCUCAGCCUUCGGGGCUACAGGGCUUGUGACUGAUUGCUUGCUCUACAAGUUUCCCAUUCUGCUCCUCCCCGAACGAGACAUGCAAGAAGAGCCAGUCAAGCAAGCUGCGAACAAGCUCGUGGCCGACCUCUGUGCCUGGAGCAUGGAGCAUGCUCUCAGCGGCAUCGCGCCUGUGCGAGGAUUUUAUGGGGAGGAGUUCGCAGCUGACACUUGGCGGGCGGGCAUGGCUGGGAAGCCGAUGGCGAAUAGCUUCAAGCGCUGUGGCAGCAAUGUCUGCAAAGUUUUCAAGAUUCCAACUCCUGCCAAAAACUGA